AAAUGUCAAACCAAUUGACAGCGCGACGAACAGAUGCUUGGUAAACAAUUCGUUGGCUGGUUUAGGUUGUCGCGAGUUUCAAUUGUGAGUAAAAUAAAAUGCUAGUGAAUAGCACGCCGGGGAUUCCUGACAAGGCUUGGCAGCCUCACUUUGUAACUCUCGAAAGCUCGAUGGGCGAGAUCACAUGUGAACUCUAUUGGAAACAUGCACCCAACACAUGCCGAAAUUUUGCCGAACUUAUCCGUCGUGGCUACUAUAAUAACACCAUUUUCCAUCGAAUUAUCCGUGAUUUCAUGAUACAAGGAGGUGAUCCCACUGGCACUGGUCGCGGUGGUCAAUCGAUCUAUGGAGCAACAUUUCCAGAUGAAAUUCAUCCGGAUUUAAAGCAUACGGGCGCUGGCAUUCUCUCAAUGGCCAAUUCCGGGCCUGACACAAAUGGAUCACAAUUUUUUAUUACACUCGCUCCAACACAAUGGCUAGACGGGAAACAUACAAUAUUUGGACGGGUAUAUGCAGGCAUGCAGGUUGUAAAGCGAAUAGGAAUGGUUGAAUGCGAUAAAAAUGAUAGACCCGUGGAGAAUGUUAGAAUUGUUAAAGCGAAAAUAGAGAAGAUGUGAGAAUAAUA